AUGGGUAAUUGUUGUGAUACUCCUUUAAAGUAAAAUCCUCCGAAAAUCGAAAGUCUGCCUUAGGUAACCCAGAGUCUGUCAGAAACUGAAAUAAAAGAAUAAUCAUAGAAAUACAAGGAGGAAGGUAACCAAUAUAUGCAGUAAAAACUUUUUAAAGAAGCUAUCAUUGCAUAUACAUAGGCUAUAAAUUUAUAUAAUAAAGAAUCUAUAUACUAUUCGAAUCGUGCUGUUGCCUAUCGAACUAUCGAGGAUUAUGUAAAUGUCAAGAAAGAUGCCCUCCAAGCAUUAUAACUAGACAAUAAGAAUGUUCGAGCUUACUUUAUUUUGGGGACUGUUCAUUUAAUCUUAGGUUAGCAAGAUAAAUGUUUGAUUUAAGCAUAAGAAGGUGUUAACUUCUUGAUUUAAGCUUAAAAGCAUAUUGAUUUAAAACCUCAACUAAAAGAAAGCAUUAAUUAUAAUUAUUCGCAAGGACUUAUUCUAAAGGCCAAAUUGGAAAAAUCAGAAAAUUAUAAAGAAUUCCUAAAUUUGAAGGAGAAACUAACUAAAUUCUAUGGCAAAAUAAUCAACUUAAAUAAACUCUCAUAUCCAGGAACAAAGGAACAUUAUGUGCCUAAUUCCGUUGAGUACUACACCUGUGUCAUAACACAAGAAGCUAUGUGUGAACCUGUGUUAUUGAGUAGUGGACACACCUACGAGAAAUGCUCUAUAAAUGAGUGCAUAAGGGUCAAUGGACCUUAUGAUCCUGCGACAAGGUAGGUCAUCUGGGGGAAUUAAAUUCCAAACAUUUAAUUAAAGAGUGCAAUAGUUGAUUACUAAAAUAAUACUCUUGAAUUUUAAUGA